AGCACGGAAGUGGGCGAAAACCGAGUCGGAACAUACGAACUGUUUGAAUGGCUGACAGGCAUGGCGUCCACUUCAAUGACUGUGAGAAUGACGGCGUAAAAAUAGUGAAGCAUAAAAAGCCAAGCAAAAUAAACCAAGAAAAACAACAAAGAAGCAGGCAGAGCGCGUGUUUGUUGUUGGCGGAAUAGAAGUGUUGACGCUGCUGCCUCGUUUACCUAAAGCGAAGUUACCGGAGUUUCUGUGUUGUGAUGUGUUUUUGUUUGCUAUUAUUUCGUAUGUUUUGUGAUUCGUAGUUACCUACGUACUAAUUUUAGUUACCAAACGUAAGUUCCACUCGCGCGGCCUAAUAACAAUGUGUAGUCGAAAAACAACAAUAACAAAAGUCAUGCCGAAAACCUCGUGACUUCAAAGUUGAUGAUGCCUUGAAACUACAAUCGAUUGAUAGAAGGCAAAGUUUGUACGACGGCUCAACAUAUACAGGCAGUACCUAAAAACAAACAGCAAUAUCAUGUACUUAUAUAAAAUACGCGAGGCAUGAUAAAACCGUGCCGUGCACACCAACAAACAUAUAAAUACCAACAACUAAAGUAAUCUCAAUUAAAAGCAACAAAAACAAAACAAAAAAUCAAACAACAACAAUUCACCGCGUAACCAAACAAAAGACAAGUUAACAAAAAUGACAAUAACCUACACCGGCGAAGUAGCCACUUGCCGCGGCUUUGGCUGUUUUCUAAAAUUACUGCUCAGAUGGCGUGGCAGUAUCUACAAAUUGGUCUGGCUGGAUCUGUUGGCAUUUCUUUUUCUCUACUACGUGCUCAAUUUGGUGUAUCGCUUUGCGCUCAAUGCUGGGCAGAAGGAGACUUUCGAAGCAAUUGUGGAGUAUUGCAACAAGUAUAGUGAUCUCAUACCACUCUCCUUUGUGCUGGGUUUCUACGUCUCAAUUGUGAUGACACGUUGGUGGAAUCAGUAUACCUCUAUACCUUGGCCCGAUCCCAUAGCGGUCUUUGUCAGCUCCAACGUUCAUGGACAGGAUGAGCGCGGUCGUGUCAUGCGCCGCACUAUCAUGCGAUAUGUAUGUCUAUGUCUUACUAUGGUGCUGGCCAAUGUGUCGCCACGUGUCAAGAAGCGUUUCCCCGGUCUCAACAAUCUGGUGGAAGCGGGCUUGCUCAACGAGAACGAAAAGACGAUCAUCGAGUCCAUGAACAAGGCUUUCCCAAGACCUUCAAAGCAUUGGCUGCCCAUUGUAUGGGCGGCCAGUAUUAUUACACGUGCCCGAAAGGAGGGUCGCAUUCGUGAUGACUUUGCCGUGAAGACUAUUAUCGAUGAGCUAAACAAGUUUCGUGGGCAGUGCGGCUUGCUUAUAUCAUACGACACCAUCAGUGUGCCCCUCGUAUACACGCAGGUGGUUACCCUUGCCGUAUAUUCAUACUUCCUGUGCUGCGUGAUGGGCCAGCAGUGGACAGACGGCAAAGUUGUUGGCAACAGCACCUAUCUAAACAAAGUGGACCUCUACUUUCCAGUAUUCACAACGCUCCAAUUCUUCUUCUAUAUGGGUUGGCUGAAGGUGGCGGAGUCCCUAAUUAAUCCCUUUGGUGAAGAUGAUGAUGACUUCGAGGUGAACUGGAUGGUUGAUCGCAACUUACAAGUUUCCUAUUUAAUUGUGGAUGAAAUGCAUCAUGACCAUCCCGAACUCUUGAAGGAUCAGUACUGGGAUGAGGUGUUUCCCAAUGAGCUGCCAUACACCAUUGCCGCCGAACGUUUCCGUGAGAAUCAUCCAGAGCCCUCAACAGCCAAGAUCGAGGUGUCCAAAAAUGCGGCUAUGCCUUCGACGUUGUCGGCUGUGCGCAUUGAUGAAAUGGUUGGUAAUAAUGCGACGGCAGCUGGUCCAACCAAGCCAAAUGCAUCCGAAACGCAGCAGGGCAGCGCACCCACGCAAACGGUUACUUAUGAGUUUGCGAAAGGUGCUCAAGACGAGGAGGCCGAUGAUGCUAGUGGCAUACACUUCUCAGCUGGUAAUGGCAAAAUGCGCCUGGGAUCCUCGCCCAGUCUGGUCAGCGUUUCGGGAACAUUGUCGCGAGUGAACACAGUAGCUUCCGCUUUAAAGCGCCUGCUAAGUCGUGAUGAUAGCCGACCAGGUUCCGCUACGCCCAGUGAAGACCCUAACAAAUAUCGCUUUCCAACAAGUGCAAGUGCAGCCAGUUUGCCGGGAGUAGCUACAUCAGCUGGCAAGGCGGCUGGCAGUCUACGCAUAACAGACCAGGUCAUCGAAGAGGUGGACGAGCAGGCCACCAUUACGUCAAUGCGCGCCAUCGAUCCGAGACCAAAUGUUCGUGAUAUAUUCCAACCGCCCAAUGGCGAAGCCACUGGGCAGACACAGCCAGCUGCAGUGCCAGCGUCAACCCAGCGCUCAGAGCCCGUGAAUAUACCAAGUCACCCAUCUCAAUAUACACGAGCCCAGUCCCAGUACGAGCCUACGCACACCACUCUAUUUCCGCCUGGAGGCGUGGACGCUUUGCUCAGCACCUCGGCGCCCGGAGGCAGUCCAUCACUGAUUGCCGAUAUCACGGCCCCCAGUUCACCUGUAGGUGACAGCAACAAGUCGCUUUACGAGCGUAGCAGUCAAUUAGCGGCCAGUCGCGAGACGGCGAUUGAGAGACCCGAUGCACCACAGGUUUUCAGGUGGCGCCUUACGCCCGUCGAGAAUAUGGACACAAAGUCUUGCUCAGAUGUACUGGCCAGCACAGCGGCAGAAAUAGAUGAUAAUGAUGACUUUGAGAAACUAAGAGCGGCCCGGGAGAAGGAGAAGCUCGAGCGCCAGCAGAAGAAUCUGGCAAGAACUAUUAGCACUGCGCCGGGGGUGGACCCUGCAGCGGCUGUGCCGAUGGUACCAGUUGUUCCAGUGGUGGCCGCUGCCAGUGUACCUCAAGCUGGGGUCACGGUGCCACCCGUAGCUUCAAGCGCUGAUCUGCUCGCUGGUGGCGAGCCAAUCUCUAAUUCAACAACAAAGUCCGAAGACGCUACCGGAGGCAGUUGAAGCGCUUAGUAUUAAUGAUGAUUUUGUUGUAAAUGUAUUCAACUUACAUUUAAUUUAUAUUCAUUUAGCUUAAAGUUUAAAAAUGACUUAAUUUGCAAAAGACAUAAGUAGCACAAAACAGAAUGACACAAUGUUUAAAGAAUGCUCAUUAUGUUUAGACGAGCUUGAGUGAGGAAGGUCCUAUGUAUAUUUAACGUAUGUAACUAAUUAUACAAUUGUGUAUUUAAUUACUAAAAAAUAAGUAGAACGUGAUUGAAUAAAUUUAAUAAUAUA